AUGUCCGAGGCCUUCUCUCUGUGGCAAGAGCGACCGGAGAAGCUCUUCCCUUCCCGCGAACGGAAGAGUAAGGAAACGGUCACCCAAGACGACACCUCCGACGCCCAUCCCACCACGAGAUGGAUCCAGGAGCAGAAUCGCAUCACCAGCAGCUCUUCGCGCACAGACGAACUCGACGAGUACGGCAUUCCCAUACAUCCCUCCCAGUACCAUAUAAAGUCUGCCAAACGCAACUCAGCGCUGCCUCACUCUCCCAGCUUGGCCUCCUCUUCAGCCUUCAGGCCGUCUCCAUCUUCUCGUGGUCUGCUCGGUCCCUCGUCUGCUCGUGAAAACCCAUCAACAGACGUUCGCACAUCGCCAUCACUCUCGACGAAUCCAUUGCCCCUUGAACCGUCGGUAUCGCUCUCCCACAUCAAGCCACAGCCCGACGAUGCAGACGAAGACGAGUCGAUCGGUUUGCUUCUGGGUCAAUCCAAAAGGCGACGCGGUCGCAAGGACUCCUAUUCAUCCUUUGGCAGUUCUGUGCUUCCCGUCCCUCUCUUCGCCUCGAACGCGCGCUACAACACACACGCAGGCAGCAACAGCGGGCUCGCACAGUCCAGGCAAGCCUUCCCGCCCAAGCAAGGCCGGUCCGCAUAUCCUCCUAGCAACCAUUCCGGCGCAGCCCCAACAUCUCGACAUCUGGCACCUCCUCCCAUCGAGUCCUCAGCUCAACAGCUCUCACAAACGGAUGCAUCGCACACGCGUCAGCGCCAUCAAUCCAAUGCGGUCGCCUCGCGGCCGUCUGGCUUCGAUCUCGACAGUUGGCUCAGGACGUCGCAAGCGCCUGCUCCCCUCAGAACAUCUCCUAGUCUCGGAACCCUCGCGACGUUCGAUUCCCCAGAACAGCCUCACCGGGCGGGAGCCUUCAGCGAGGCUGGCAACCGUCGUCGACGUCGACAGGCUGGUUCAGCGUCCGGUCUCAGUGCGGGUGUGCUGAGUGCCGGUCCCGAGUCUCCACGCAGCCGCAGAAAGGCAAGCGCAACCUCCAGUCGACGCGACGCGAGCGGCUACUCUUCCCUCGCGCCUGACCAUCCGGCUCUCACGGCUACUCUCGAGCUCAACAGGGAAGCUGGGUCUCGUACCAUCGACACCAUCGAAGAGUGGCGCGCCAAGUCUGGUUCCUCGUCCACACUGAAUGCUGCGGGCCCUUCGUCCACCCAGGUUCCAGAUCGCGCCGACGACGGCGGCGAGCCGUCGGAUCUGGUACCCCGCCGUCGACGCAAGAGCUCGGUGAAAUCCAGCUCGCGUCCUGUGUCCAUGGACGGUCCACCGCCUCCGCUCCCAUCCAUCCCUCCCACAUUCACCGCAGCAUCCAUCACCUCCAGAACCGGCCGUCGACGAAGAAAGGACACCGAAACGUCCCUGGCCGAUCUCCUCUCGCCAGACAGGGCACACUCCGCGCACCGCAAGCCAACAUCGGCCUCGCCAAAAGCGCCUGCUCUACCGCCCGCCUUGCGCGAUCUCUACGCGCUGUCUGGUGUGGGCUCGCAGGCAGAAACGCCCGUACGUCGUCUCAUCCGCUGGCUGGCCAAGGAGCAGCUCAAGGCGAGCAUCGUACCGCUCGUACUGCUGGCAUCUUUUCUCGUUCGCUGGAUCGUAGCGAGGGGUGAUUGGAGUGGUCGCGGUGUCGGACCUAUGCACGGCGAUUUUGAGGCGCAACGUCACUGGAUCGAGCUCACUCUGCAUCUGCCCACGUCAAGGUGGUACUUCUACGACUUGCAGUAUUGGGGGCUCGACUACCCGCCUCUCACAGCGUGGGUUAGUUUGGCCUGUGGCUAUGCUUCCAGGCUAUUUCAAUCGACGCAGGCCGGGUUUGCGUUCGAGACAUCACGGGGGAACGAAGAUUCGGCGACGGUCACCUUCAUGCGCGCCACGGUCGUGGUUGGCGAUCUGCUAGUCUACCUCCCUGCCAUCGCGCUGUAUCUCGGUCGCAAAUUCGAAGGACGCGGAAGACGAACGCAAGCCAUCGCGCUGCUUUCCAUCUUGCUCCAGCCUGCGCUCAUCCUCGUCGACCACGGGCACUUUCAGUACAACAGCAUCAUGCUGGGGUUCAGUGCGGCGUGUUUUGCGCUCCUGCACACGACUCUGCCGCAUCCGGAUGCUGUCGCUGCUUCGUCGUCGACGACGACGGUGCGGGCGCGUAGGCAGGCGGUGGCGGACCUCUCGCGUCGCCUCAGCUACGAGUACAUUACGGCGGCGGUAUUCUUCUGCCUCAGCCUGUCGUUCAAGCAGAUGGCGCUGUACUACGCGCCUGCCGUGUUCGCCGUCAUGCUCGGCCGGUGCAUCGGCCUAGCCCGGAUCGACUCGGAACGUGGGCUCACGCUCUUCAUCGGCCUCGGUCUCGCGGUGAUCCUGACGUUCGGAGUCGUGUUCGCUCCGUGGUUGACCAGUCUGGAGCAGGUGGGGCAGGUGGUGCAUCGCAUCUUCCCGCUGGCGCGCGGGCUGUUCGAGGACAAGGUGGCCAACGUCUGGUGCUUCGUCUCGGUGUUGCCGCUGCCGGCACGGUUCAAGUUGAAGAACGUCGUGGCGGCCAAGGCGUUGGCGAGGCUGAGUUUGGUGGUGACGUUGGUGGCGAUCUUGCCGGGAUGCUGUUUGCUGUUUUGGGCGGCUAGUCAGACGGCCAAGAUGGAGAUGAUGGUGGCGCAGGAGAUGGUGCAGACGGGGACAAGCGGGGGUGGGAAGCUGUUGGAGAGCGUCGCGGGAAGUGCGAGGGAUGCUAAGGGAGGUGCGUCGCAUCGAUCGGGUGGCGUUCGCAGUCGAAGGUCUCCUUCUGUGGUUGGAUCGGUUGCUGGUGCACCGGCGCGGUCCGAGAUCGAAUCGCUGCUCGCAGGGUCGGUUUCCAAGUCGCUCAGCGGUCGCAUCAGCCACGCCGGACCGAUCCACGAACACCUCGCCGUCUCGCACGACUCUGACUAUCCGCACAACGCUGCCGGCGCAGACGCCCGUCCCGUGGCGUCGACGUUGCCGUCACCAGCUGCGCAGAUGCUGGCGUACGGUCUGAUCAGCGUUUCGUCCGCCUUCUUCCUGUUCGGCUUCCAGACGCACGAAAAGUCGAUCCUCUUACCACUGCUACCGAUGACACUCCUCCUGGGUGCCAAGGGCGAUACGUGGGGGGGUCAAAUCACCGCUGCGCGCGAUUGGCAGUGGAGCGUAUGGCUCAACAACAUGGCCACCUUCUCCCUCUUCCCCUUACUCAAACGGGACGGUCAGGCUCUGCAGUACGUCGUCCUCACUUUGACCUGGAAUUGGCUCAUCGGCAACCUCGAAGUUCCCUUCAACCCUUUGGUCAGCAUCCGACUUGCGGCGAGCAGAAAGGCGUCGUUCUUCCGACGCCUCAGCAUCGUCACGUAUGCAGCGGCGGUGGGGUUGCAUCUGGUGGAGGUGGUGGCGCCGAGGAUGCUGCCAGGGUUGCAGGGGAGGGUGUGGGCGAGGUAUCCGGACAUCUAUCCUGUGCUGAACGUGCUGCUGACGACGCCGUGCUUUGCGGUGGUGUACGUUUGGGCGUUGGUGAGACAGGUUCAGGUGGCAUUCGCGAAUGGCUGGGAGGUGUCCCUCUUCGCCACCAGCAGCAGGAAAUCACAGAAGGGCGCGAAGAGUUUGUAA